AUGACUUGUCUCAAGACUACGAACUGGAAAGUGGAGCGGGCCAUAGACCAUUUCUUUGCUGCUGGAUACCCCGCUGCUAAAACAAGCAUAAAUGAGAAGGCUGGCAAAGCAUUAUUCGACAAAUAUGCAGAUAAAGAAUCAAAGACUAUCGACAUUGAGGGUAUCCAACAGAUAAGUGCUGACUUGGGGUUCGAAACAAGUGAUAUUCGGAUACUUAUACUAGCCUGGAAGUGCGAAUGUGCGGAGCAGGGUAUCAUCACACAAGCCGAAUUCAUGAAGGGGCUCGUGGCAUUAAAACUUUUGAUUCUUCACAAUUUCAGUGCAACCACCGUCGACAAAAUCGCUGCUGCACUCACCGAACUUAAUGAGAAGAUGGGCACCUUGUCGGAAAUGAAAGAACUGUACCACUACACAUUUACAUUCGCUAAGGCUGAGAAGGGUCACAAGAACCUAGAAACACCCGUGGCGGUGGCCUAUUGGCAGCUAAUAUUAGGCGACGGUAAAGUUCCGUGGUUGGAUUCGUGGAUAGAGUUCUUAGAUGAAUGCAAUCGAAGAGUCAUCUCCAAGGAUACAUGGAAUUUGCUGCUGGACUUCUGCAUAUCUGUGAAGCCGGACUUUUCGAACUAUGAUCCGGAAGGUGAGUAA